CGGAUACAUAUUGGAAGAUAAGCCCACUAAGGCAUCUAAGCCCAACUUGGGCCCAAAAGGUACACUCCCCCUAUAAAAGGGGGCCAAGGUACCUCAUUCUCUCAUCCUCUCUAUUCAUUACAAUACUACACUUUCUCUCUCUUGAUCUGAGCACUGACUUAGGCAUCGGAGGCCCGACGUCGGGGCCACCCCCGGCGUUGGGUUCUGCAGGUACGGAGGCCGGUUCGAGAGACAGUGUUGAUUACGGAUGUUGUUUCGCUACAAGUGACCUAUUUGAUAGUUGUGACGAAGCUGUUAAAUGGGCAAAAAACAUUGCAAUAAUAUGGGGUUUCCAGUUCGUGAUCUCGAGAAAUUUAAGUAACGAAGAAAAAGAGUUGAGGUGUCAUCGAGGGGAACGUUACAGAGGUACUGCAGGAAAAGUAGGAAAUUUCGUUAAGGCUGUUAUGAGAAAAUCGAAAACAAAAUCCACCGGCUGCCCUUUUAUGAUAAACGUCAAACGUGAUGCAACAUCCAAAAAAUUUUGUAUCUCGGUUCCUUUAGAUAACGAGAAGGGGACGAAUAAUCAUGCGUUUGCUGUGAAUCCCGAGGGUCAGCGACAGAUGAGCGGACUCAGCGAUCCAUCCAGAGAGAUUGUCCGUGAUAUGAGUUCUGCUCAGGCACCACCGGCAGUAAUUCUGGCUGCAAUUCAGGAGAAACACCCUGUGGACAACGCGACUAUCCGACAAGUGUAUAAUUAUAAAGCUAAUUUGCGGAAAGAAAGUUUGGAGGGGAGAGAUGUGGUUGGGCAGCUUCUGCAUUUGGCUACGGUCAGCAAGUACAUAGUUUAUACUGACGUUAAUCCGAGCACACAGGCUUUGACACAUGUGUUUAUGUCGCAUCCACAAGCAGGCAGUCUAUUCCGGACAUAUUACUGGUAUGUCGGUAUAGAUUCCACGUACAAAACCAAUAGGUAUGUACUUUACUUUAUAAAUAGACAGUUGAUU